CUCUGCUCGUACAUCGUUAGGUUGGAGUAAAAUGGUUUGCCUCUUCAUCAUACAGGUGGAGAUUUCACAACAACGGCAAAAGCGAAUGUUCUAUUUACGCUCGGCGCCCAACCACGUUCGCUACGUUUGCUUUGCCACACAUCAGCAUCGAAUGGAAACGGUGCAAUAUUUGCAGUACUGUAAAAAGCGGGGAAAAGUCUACAACAACAAGUGCUGCCAACUGCUGCACAAACCGACCGAGGUCCAUCCAUCCAUCCAAAGGCAUUCCCGCGAGCACGUGCAUUCCCGCGUCGCGCCGUGUGUCCUUGCAUCGUUCGAUUUUGUGCUUUGCAUUAUUUAAGGUUUAAUUACUGACCACACACAAACCCACACACCGGGUGAUUGGAAAUUGAAGGAUGAAAAAUGGGCAAAAGCCCCGGCACGAAAGGAAGAGACAAAUACAUCGACACACAGCUGCUCCAUACAGUACACUACAAACGAGCCUCAACCUCAGGGCUCUAGUAGUAGUAGUAGUUAGCUGGAAGAAGCGACAAAAAUCAAUUCGACCUAAAAAUAACCGUUCGUGCUCCGUGUCCUCCUUGCUCUGUCCUGCACAACCUGCAGCAUAUAUUUCAAAGGAAAAAUCAAAGCGCACACGGUGAACGAAUAUCGAACGGUGAAAUAAAAACCCAGGGCUUUUCCUUUUUCCUCCACUCAGUGACAUGUGUAUGU